AUGUCGGGCUUGACCCAACUCCGAGCAGGUGUCGAGGAUGGUAUCGAAUGCUGCCGCGUGCAUCGAACCUUUGUGGAAGGAGUUGUGCUCACACCCUGCCCACCUCGUUCGCGAUCUUGGCCAGAUUUCUCUCAGUCUGUGGUUGAGCUUCUGCACACUGAGCCUGAGAUGAUCCAGAAGUCCGAAAAGCGCGCUACUCAUGAACACGUCCAGCCAGCUUGGGACGAUUGCCUGGGCUUGUCACCUGGGCACCACUUGUGGGCCGGUGUCACCAACCUCAUGAUCUGCAACCUUCCAGCCAGGUGCACGCAGCAGGAGCUGGAAGCCUUCUUGACCGACCUUGUUCCAGGGACCAUGAAAUUGACUUUGCCGCUGUCGGCAAGUGGACGGAACCGCGGUUAUGCAUUCGUUCGAGCAGCAGAGAUUACAGUGCAGCAAUUGGUGUCAGUUCUUUGGAGAAAGUGCGUGCCCACCCGGAAGAGUACUCGCCCGCUGAAGCUGCAGCCGGCGAACAUGCACAAAAUGAAGGUUUCACAAUAG